UAAUACCGUAGUGGCGUUGACAAGAUUCGUACGGUACGGUACGGUUGUUGCUCAUUGCUCUUACCACCCAGUGCGUGUCAAAAGUAAUCACCAAAAAUAAUCCUGUAGUAAUAGUAAUAGUACAGGGCGGUACGAAUACCAACCGAUAUAAGACACGGACACAAUCGGACCGUAACUCAUCCCUAUUCGAGGAACACCACCAGAAGGACCAGCCAGGUGCAUCAAGACGAAGAGGAAGAAAAGCGAGCCAGGAACUUGUCUAGUUGCCGUAUAAAUAUAAAUUAGACAGAACACAAACGAAAGUGGAACACACUGUAGGGCAUCUUGCCACUGUUACACCGAACAGAGCCACGUUCUCGGAGCAUUCCACACAAUUCAUCGCAUAGGCUGCCGUGCGACCGUCGAGGGACAAGCCAAAAGACACCCGCAUAAGAUCCGACACACAGCGAACGGGACGGAACGAAACGAAACGGAAUGCAUACGCAACGCCGGGAAGCGAUGCAGAAGAAGACGGACGGAGAGAUCCGAUCCACGACGGCGAUGGCCGGGGCACGGAAAAGGAAACCCAGCGCAUUGGCUCCGGCUUCCGCUUCGGCUGCGAGAGCCCCUCCCCGCUUCUUCCCGCGGGUGCCCGCUUCGUCGCUGCUCUUUGUGGUGCUUGUGUUGGCAAUCGUCCGGAUGGGGGCGGCGGCGCCCAUCUCGGAAGCGUCGAACUUUCGGGCAAUGCACGAUAAAAUACUGCAGGGGGCGAAGAAAGAAAAGACGGUCAGCGGGGCCUUUCUGGCUGCGCUGGACCAGAGCGGUGGAUCCACCCCGAAAGCACUGGAAUCCUAUGGACUGAGCCCGGACGAAGGGAACUACGAGGUCGGGAGCGAAAGGUACGGAACGCAACGCAACGCCACGCAGGCAUCUCAGCGAAUGCAAUAGAUCGGCACAUCAUGGAGUUCAUUGGAUUCGGAGACAAGCGAACGCACGAAUGGACAGGCUGGAAUCGUUUCUAAGCGAAGCAGGGAUUUGGUUGGGUUUGGUGUUUCAUUCCUUCCUCCCUACCUCGUCGAUGGAACACGGUAGACUAUCCAUCCAUUGCCAUGGUAUCACCCAUGCAAGGUUUCUGCGCAGCGUAUUUACCUCUCGCAAACACCCACUCACGACCCUCCCCUGUUGCUUUGCUUCGUUUUGUCUCGUAUUUUGGCAGCAUGUUCGAUGCGGUGCACCAGAUGAGGACCCGAAUCAUGGUGUCCCCGUCGUUCCGGGGCGACUCGAUAUUGGGUGCGAUUCUCUUUGAGGACACCAUGGAUCGGACCGUCGACGGAGUUCCCACCUGUGAAUAUCUGUGGGAAACCAAGGGCAUCGUACCCUUUCUGAAAAUCGACAAGGGCCUCGAGGAUCCGGACGAGAGGGGGAGCGUGCAGAUGCUGAAGCCGAUUCCCGACCUCGAAGCCCUCCUGGAGAGGGCAGUUUCGAAGGGGGUGUACGGGACCAAAGCUCGGAGCCUCAUCCUCGACCCGAACCACCCCGAGCAGAUCGAUGCCCUCGUAAAGCAGCAGUUCGAUCUUGCCCGCCGCGUCCUGGAGGCCGGGUUGGUGCCCAUCGUGGAGCCGGAGGUCCACAUCCACCAGACGAAGGCCGACAAGUGUGCCUGCGAAGAAAUUUUGUGCGGGGCUCUCCUGAGGGAGCUGGGAGACCUGCUUGCCGAGGACAAGGAUCACAGGGUGAUGAUCAAGAUCACGCUGCCCGAAACCCCCGACCAAUACAAGGACUGCGUGGACCACCCGUGCUGCCUUCGAGUUGUCGCCCUUUCGGGUGGAUACGACCAGGCGAACGCCAACGCCAGGCUUUCCCAGAACAGGGGGGUCAUUGCCAGUUUUUCGAGAGCCCUCUCGGAGGGCCUUUCUCACGGGAUGACUAACGAUGAGUUCGAUAACCGCCUCUCCGAGAGCAUUGCGAGUAUUUACGGUGCAUCGUCGUCGUCGUCGUCGUCGUCGUCUUCGACUGUGGAGUAAACAAAGUAAGCAUUGCGAGAAAACCAAUCGAUUGGACUGUGCAAAUGGUUGAGUGGUAUGCACUUUCAUAAAUCUGCUCCUUUGGUUGCCAUUGCGGCGAAAGUGCGUUUCGCGUUGAUACGACAGUUGCGAAUCGAAAUGAACCCACGAACGACUUACAUACCACACCAUGACCCACUACACUCCAUCACACCAAACAUACUACGCAGCACCAUCUAUUGUCACAUUUUUGCCAGAGAUUUGGACUACGAAGAUUUGAUUGGAACUGGUUCUUUCUGCGUCUCCCAUUGGAACUUGUUCUUUCUUUCUCUUCCUUUGAACUGUCCAGGAUGCGGUACACUCCUGUACAUUUUGUCUGCACUUUACUAUUACACCUGUGGCUGGGACUUGCAACAGGAAAGCUGCGUCUAGAUUUCUUCUUCGGCGGCAAAUUAUGGUUCCGUUCUGUUCUGUUCCAUCAAAUUUUCUUCUGCUCUGCGCUACCAAUUUCACAAAAAACCGUAGAGCGCAUUUCUCGUUUGUGCAAGACGGAGACCACCGAAUCAAUGACUGUUCCAUCGAAUCAGCUAUUCUGUCUGCUUCGUUGACCGGCUUGCCCCUUCUUUUCCCACAAGAUCAAUGCAUACCAGUAGAAGCUUGAAAUGAAUUAAAUGGAUAAAG